CGGGUCAGCACACCCCGUCGCCGGCCGCCACUCACCAACAUUGACCCUAAUCCAAGGGAAGCGUCUCUUGGCAAAUGAGAUGGCAUUUUCGGUUCACGUUGGCCUAUUGUCUGUACUCCUAAUCACUGAUCAUCAAUCUACCAGGGCUGCAAUCCCCCUACAGAAGAUUGCGCAUGUCGGUGUGAUGACCCAAAAGGGACAAUCUCAUGAAUCUUCGUUACUGAACGUAUACGGAUCAUUAGAAUGCGCUUCGUUGCUCGUCAGAAGGCCCUUGAACCUGAUACGGGAUCUGAACAAGAGACGUGUGUACGGGGUGGAGACGCUAGCUGACUUUAUGCAACACGAAGAGAGGAAUUGGAUGGAAGUGCUGAUUCGGCGCAAAAUGUGCGCAGACCCAAAUUUCAGCGAGACAGAAUUCCCUUUCCAGAACUGUGCAAACGACUCGAGGACGAACGUUCUCCAGGGAAUGUCUAGUCUUCAUGGAAAAAUAAUCUGUUAGGCUUCUUCAUGUAAGUCUACGCUUGGGUCACUCCUCGGCGCUUCAGCGCUUAGGUCUUCAACCCGAGUGGUUGAAUGUCCUCUCGAUAGUGCAUGAAUCAACUCCGAAAACAUGUAUAUAGUUACAGUGCCACUUACAGCAGGCCAUUCU